GCUGUUAGCAGGGACGCGGCUGGGCCAGUCGGUUUCCAGGAAGUGACGUCAGGCGGCCGCGGAGAUGGAGGAUUUGCUCGACUUGGACGAGGAGCUGCGCUACAGCCUGGCUACCUCCAGGGCCAAGAUGGGUCGCCGAGCUCAACAGGAGUCAGCGCAGGCCGAGAAUCACCUCAAUGGCAAGAAUUCCUCUUUGACUCUGACUGGAAAGAGUUCCUCUCCUAAAUUACCUCGCUGCCGACAGGGAGGCUGGGCAGGUGAUUCCGUGAAGGCUUCGAAGUUUAGGAGGAAGGCUUCUGAAGAAAUAGAAGAUUUUCGCCUCAGACCACAGAGCCUGAAUGGAUCAGAUUAUGGAGGAGAUAUUCCUAUCAUUCCGGAUCUGGAGGAAGUACAGGAAGAAGACUUUGUUUUGCAGGUGGCAGCCCCUCCCAGCAUCCAGAUAAAGCGGGUGAUGACCUACCGUGACCUGGACAAUGACCUCAUGAAGUACUCAGCCAUUCAGACACUGGAUGGGGAGAUCGACCUGAAACUCCUCACCAAAGUGCUCGCGCCAGAGCACGAAGUCCGGGAGGAUGAUGUCGGCUGGGACUGGGACCAUCUGUUCACUGAGGUGUCCUCAGAGGUCCUCACUGAGUGGGACCCACUGCAGACGGAGAAGGAGGACCCUGCGGGGCAGGCCAGGCACACCUGAGCCCGUCACCCAUGCUCUAGACAUGAAGAAAUGCAAUGAGCUUAAAGCUAAAGAAGCUUGUAAGCAGCUCUGAAUUUUUACCUGGAAUAUUUUGUAAUAAAAAUAUUUAUAUUCAGUCAACCACAUUGGAUAAUUCAAUUGCAAUAAAUUGCUUAUUCUGUGCCAUCUC